AUGCAUGCCUUUGGACGCGGAAGAGGAAAAAUAACGGCAUUCAAGAGGUUAAAUGUGUUAUUUAAAACAUCAAAUGAUCAAUUAAAUCCAGAAUAUGGUAUCACUAGUCUACAAGGAUUAAUUGAUUCUAUGAAAAGAAAUGCACUCCAUUUAAACAUGAAUUUUACGGAUCUGAAAGAACAAUACAAAAUAUGGAAAGAACUGUUUUUGAAUGAACUAGAAGAUCCUAAUACGUACGAAAUAUGGACAACAAAGGAUCAGAUAAUAAAAACAAAGUUUUUUUUUACAGAACAACAACUAGCUGACAGUAUUCAAGAUUAUUUAUAG